AUGUUGGGUGGUGAACACAUUUGGUCAGGAACAGCCACCCGAAUCGCAAUUCAUGCAUUCCCGAUCGCAAUCAGUAAUGUUGGGCAGGACGGAACCCCUGAGUCGCAAAUAACGAUCCCCGAUCGCAAUCAAGGACGUAGGAGACAAUCUAUAUCCUCUAUUGCUAUUUUAAAGCAUAAAACUCAGUUGGAGACUCGCCAGUUAACGGAAAAUGAAACUCGUCAAUAUAUCGUAUCUCAAUGGAUUUCCGAAGAUUUUCUUGCCAGCGAUCUUAAACCGAGCAAAAUUUUACAACCAACCGCCUUUUUGAAUCUCCAGUUUACCUUUCUCGAAAAGUUUCUUGAGAAGAGACAGCAGAGACAAGUUGUUCGACGGUUACUCAGCUAG